CAGUAAACAACCACCAGAAUCAAAGGCAAGGUCUGAAAUCAAGAACGACAAAUGAUGAUUGUAAGAAGAGGUCCAGAAUCGAAACGAUGAGUAAUAACCAGAAUUGCAAAUUCUUUUUUUGUAGGACCGGAAUUGGAACGACGAAUG